UGAUUGUCUUCGGUUCUUCUCUUAUUUUUACGAUUUUGUUGCCUGACUCAUAUUAAUAUAAAUGUUUUGUGUAUCAAGCUACGAACGUUAAAAUAAACUACCUUUUAUUAGUGAAGUGAACGUGAAAGUUUAUCACAAUGGGUGAUGCUUGUCAAGCUUGUCUAACAAGAAUUCCCCAUGCAACACUCAUCGCAACUAUUAUGUGCUGUUUGGGCGUGGGGGUGUUUUGCGGGACUAUGUACCGAGGAUCCGCUCUUUCGAUUCUUAUGUUCGAUGAAGUAUUUCAUUUUCGUCUCAUUUGGAUCGAAGCGUUGCAGAUGAUUUUCAUCGUAGGCAGUGCUUGCAUGGCUGCACUCGGGUUAAUGCUUCUAUGCUUGGGAUGCCUUACAACCGGUGCUACCAGACAAAAGGUUUACCGCGCUUGGAGGGCUCGCGUCGGAGGCAGAAUAUCCUGUGCAGUGUUUAUGAUAAUCACCUACAUUUUAACUUUUAUAUGGAUUGUAUUGCUAGGUUUUCUAGUAAUAACAACAUUCUUGUUCACCAUAUUUUGGAAACUGUGCUCCAAGCCAGAAAAUAUUGCACUAACAACCUGCAUUGACUUCACACAAUUUGACUUUAUGUUCCCAUCUUCUGUUAAACAGGAUCACAUGAAGAUAUGUGAAGCAUACAAAAUGAAGCUAUUUUGCAAAGAUUAUGUUGAGAAAGCAGAGUUUAUGUUUAUUCUUGCUAUGGUUUCGUGCAUUCUUGUUAUUUUAAGUUUGGUUCAUUAUCUAAUGUGCUUGUCCGCUAAUUAUGCACAUAUUAGGGACCAUGAGAAAUUCCAGGAAUUGCAAGAACUGCAAUACCUGACAAACCCGGACCUGCACGCCUCAAAGGAUCGUUUCUAGUAUAUGGCCCGCGCACCGCUGCUGCGCUCCCUCGAAGCUUCCACUAAAAUGUGACAGUUUUAAUAAACUGAAUGUAAUUAGGCAACUGUUUUGUGUUCACUGAAAAUAAAAAAGACUGAGCCAGUGGAUGAUAGUGUUAGUCCACAAAUCAACACCAUUUUUUUACAUAUCUGAAUUUUAUAAAAAAUUGUUAUUUAUUUGCCCCAUUUUUAUUAAUUAUUGUAUUUAGACUAUUUACUAUUUAUAAGCUUUUUGACAUUCCAGUAAAUUAGUAUGUAAGGAUUAUUUCAACCUUAAUAGGGGUUCUUUUUAUCUUUUAUGUCUAUUUUGAUACAUAAGCUCAAGGAAUUGUUACAUUUUAUAUAUUUUUUAUAUCCUUGUAAUUAAGAUCUAAUUGAAUCCUGUUAAAACACAUUAUAAUAUCUGAUUAUAAUAUUACUAAAAAAAUAUAUAUUAUCAGCAAAUAAUUUAUUUUAAAGGAAAUUGACAAAAUUUUACAUUACACAACAAUAGACAAUGGUCAAUAGACCUAAAUUAAUCAAUUGUUAUUUUCAAGUAACAAUAGUUACAUUUACAUAAUUUGUGAAAUAAUUUAGGUCAUGGGCUAUAAAGCAUGUUUAGUGACCUACUGAAUAAAAUUAACAUUCUGUCUUCUUGCAAUAUGUAAUGAUGUAUUAACACUUUCCUGACACCUGUAAUAAGACAAUUUUGCUAUCCUUCUUUUUCCUUUUGAAAAGAACAGAGAUAACAAGUGUUCACAUGCAUUACAUUUGAAAUUCACUGUUGGAGCACAUUUUAGAGAAAACUUAAUAGUGAAGGCUGGAAUUAAGUACUCCAAAUUUUAAUUAACACUUUUGAGGAAAAAUAUUUGAGUUUCUCCUUUUUCACUGUCCCCCUAUCAGAUGUGUAAUUAUUAGUAAUUAAUAAUGAGUACUAUUUUUAGUUGGAUAAUAAAGUUGUUUGAUAAAUCGACAACUUUGAAUUUGUACAAUUAAAUUCAAUGAUUCAAACACAAAGUGUAUGAACAUAUUAUGUUGUGAUAUGUUAUCCCAUUCACAGUUUUUUUUUUUAUAUUUAAAGCAAGAUUAUUAUUUUUAAU